CGAGGGUCACCUCGGCAACAUGUUUUACUGCUGGCAGCCAUAUAAAUACAGCAUUGGCUGCUUUAAACUGGGAUAGUUGGACACAGUAACACUCAGUACCGAGGACACAGCAAACAAGGGGGACUGGACUUCAACUCUAAAAGGAGCUCAGCAUGGAUGCAAAUCCACAUAUGAUUAAAGAGAUGGAUGAAGCUCUUCAUGACACAAGGGGUGACGACGGUCUCCUUAACAUGAUGACUGAAACUAUUCAGGUGCUUGAAGCUGUCAGACAAUCCAGGAAUCACUGUAAUGGGGCGGUGGGUGGGAGGAGAAGCAUAGGAGAAGAACCAGAGGAAAUACAGAGGGGUAAAGGAGGGAUGUUCAAUCCAGCAGAAGAUGGAGAGGAUGGAGGGCGAAGGAGGAAUGUUGAUGAAGAGCAGGUGGAGAAAGAGUGCAAGAAGAGAGUUCUGGCAGUGCUGAGAAAGAUGAGCGUUUUUCAUUCAGACAGAGUGACAGCGUGGAGAAAAGCCCUGGAAGAAUGUGCCCGCACGCUCAACAAGUCUCCAGCAGGUGGCAGCGAUCGACAAAAUCCACCUACAGCAGGGCCAGAGUGUGAAGCCACACCUUGGUCAGACUCCUUUAGCAGAACUUUCCAGGGUGUUGCUGAGGACAUAGAGAAUAUUGUCGACAAACUGAACACGAUCAUAACCAAGCUGGAUGCAGAAAUCCUCCACGUGUCUGUAGAAGAGGCCUCACUUCAGGAAACCAGAGAUCCAGAAAUGCCAGAGCAACCUGAAGAUGGCAACAAUCACCUGGAAUCUAAGGUUGAGGAUGGAGGGGCUCUAAGCUAUACAAGGCCGUCACCAGACCAACUGUCAGACUCCAUAUUCGGCAAUUCUGACUGCAACAGUGUGGAAGAAACUGGAAAAGCGUUAGAGGUCAAAGGUCAAGUGAGUGGUAAUGAAGGCUGUGUUUCUCUAGAAAGUCAGAUAGAUUCACUGGAGGAGACAGAAAAGGACACGGAGAUGGUAAACAGCAAAGAGGAGACAAAGCGUGAAUGGAUCGCCAUAGGGCUCAUCGGUGAACUAGAGGGCAGCCAGUCGCACAUACCAGAUGCAUGCUUUAUUAGAGCAUCUGCAGGUGUGGCUGAAGUCCUGAGGUGCGAAGCGGCCGACACCUUCAGCUGCCUCAUGGUGACCGGCUCGGAGGAGCUGGUCAGCAGAGUGAUCAGGGUCAGAGUUCAAGAUGGAGCCAACUUGCCCUUCCCCGUGACAGUGGCUGUGCCUUUCUGGGCACGUUACCGCAGCAGUUACAGGGACGUGGCUGUCAAGGUGGUUGACGGGGAGAGGAGGGCGAGCUACAUCACUCCUGUAACAACAGAGGGCACAUACGAAGGACAGAGGGGCUCGUUGGCAGAGGUGAGGGUGUACUCCCUGGGCCUGUUUGCAGUGGUUUCCUGUCUAAAAAGAGAAACGUACACCGUUCCUAGGAGAGGAUUGUCUCUCAAGCUGCCCAUGGACCAUCGCGUUUCUCUCAGCUACCUCCCAGGAUCCUUCGCUGCACCAGUAAUGGCACAAAGCAUGAUUCAGCCGGUAGACGCCAUCCUCCUGGUUGCUGUCAAAUCCAGGAACGAUGCCUAUCGCUCGGUGGUGUCUACGAGCCCGCUGCUCUACCUCACCCACCCUACCUCACAGCCACUGAGAAGGCCGCUGAGCGUGACCCUUCCCUGUCCUCCGAACCCUGAAAAGAAGAGGGGCGCAAGGGGCCAAGGGGAAGAGACACAGCAUCACCACAUGUGUUCUUUUAGUGCUGUUCCACCACGGGAUCAACUUGUUUCACACAGAGUGAGGUUCUCGGGUGCCUCCUUAAAGUCCUCCAAGGAGACUUCCAGUGAGACGCUGAUCGUUCUGGGCUCAAAGGACAAGCAGUGGAGCCUCCUGGAGAAGGUUGCCAUCAGGAACCAGCAGAACGGAUUAGUGUCGUUUGAGCUCAUGGAGAACUUUGACAAGCUGCUGGUGGUUCGUCUCCUCUCUACACUGCAGUCUUGUCAUUUCACCUCCCUGGCAGAGGAGUUAGAGGAGUCAGUCUGCUGCCACGCGGUCACCAUCCUCCUCCAGCGCAGGCAGGACGAGCCGCACACGGUCCUGGUGGCUCUCCUGCCCAGCAGGGACCUCAGCUGGGAACGGAACAAACUGCGAGCUCAGGGCUACAGCAGCCUCCUGGAGACCUCGUCAGAGAUCUCCAUGUGUGAGGGAGACCAGCUUCUCCUGCGUUUCAGUGGCAACAUCACCUCCACAGGAACUUGGAACAACCAAAACGGUGAGCAAAUCACUUUUCACGCUCAGCGCAAGAAUCACCUUUUAGUCCAUCUAACUGAAGUGGACCCGUUUGGGAACUACAGCUCUCCUCACUACAAGGGAACGGUCAUGUUUUACAAGGUUACCAGAGGUCAGCUGGAGUGGCGAAGUGACAAACCUGUUCUGACGGACACGAAGCUCCUGGGAGAUCCCGUCUGUAAACUGUCUCUGACUUUACCCAAGAAAGUCAGAAGCAUUAAUCAGCCCAUUACAGCCAGAGUGAAGCUAUGUGAGGAGACAGACUCCCUGUCAGACUCUCUUCUUCUCUGGCUGUCUGGGGAGCUCUCAGAGGAGGAGAUACCCCUGCUGGUGCUCUCCCUGCAUCUCCGUCGUAGCGCCAUCCAGCUGGUGAAGCUCCGGGCCGGGGAUGACCUGUCUGCUCAGGCCUUCCACGUCCUGGCAAUGUGGAGGAGGGGGCUGCCCGCUGCUCCACACCAACCCAAGGCUUCUCAGCUGGCCCACUGCUUGGCCAAGAGCGGCCGGCCAGAUCUGGCAAGGGAGCUGCUGCUGCGACAGGCUGGAGCAGGGCUCACCAAAAUAAGAAAGCUGAAAAAGAAGGAAUCACAGUUUUUGUUAAUGCUGCUUAUGAACACUGGUGCCAGCUGA